GGCGACCAUGGUGCAGACCACCGGGGGCAUCACCAGCCCCCACCUCAAGGAAGGCGCCGUCAUUGACGUGCAGGCCAUUCCCCAUGGCGCCCGGCCGGCGCUGUUGAUCCUGCACAACGACGGCGAACAGGACAUUGUGGGCAUCAUUGCCGAUGUGCUUGGGCAGAAGUGGGAGGCGGCGCCGUCGGUCGAGGCAGCGCUGGCCGGCCCCCAGGAGACGGUCUAUGGCUUGAGCAACCGGCUGGCCAAGCCGCAACUCGACAACUGGGAUCGCUCCAGGCUGCUGAUCAACACGCACCGCGUCGACGGAGACCACGAGCUGGACGAGGCCAUCACCGACCUAUGCGACUAUGAAUAUCUGUACACGCGAUCGCCGUUUUUCCGCCGCGACGUCUCGCGCUACCUCUCCUUCAUCCUGGGCCAGAUUGGCCCGCACCGCGACCUCACCAAGAAGGCGCGCACGACGCUCAUCUCGACGACGUUCCCCGACGUGCAUGCUGCGCUGCCCAACCUGGACAUCCUGUCGGUCGGCGCCGACGCAAUCGAGAUCCGAGUCGACCUGCUGGAAGAGCCGCUGCCGGACGGCACCAUUAGCAAGAUUCCCAGCCUCAAGUAUGUCGGCGAGCAGGUCAUGGUGCUGCGGCAGCGCACCGAGCUGCCCAUCAUCUUUACGACGAGGUGCAUAAAGGAGAACGGGCGGUUCCCCAUGGACGACCCGACGCUCUUCUACCGGUACCUUGCGCGGGCGAUACAAUGGGGCUGCGAGUACAUUGAUGUGGAACUGUGGCUGCCCGAGGAGAUUAGGCGGAAGUUGUCAGAGAACAAGGCAUGCACCAAGAUCAUCUCGGCGUUCCACGACUUUUCGGGCACGUUCAAGUGGACCGCACCUGAAACGCAGCGGCUGUUCGAGAUGGGCGCCGUGUACGGCGACAUUGUCAAGAUGUAUGCGCUGGUCAACUCGAUGCAAGAGAACUAUGAGCUGGAGUACUUCCGGUCGACAAUCCAAGCCAAGUAUCCGCACCCGCCCUUUUCGGGGCUCAACAUGGGGCCCAUGGGCCAGCUGUCGCGAACGCUGAACAAGAUCUUUACGCCCAUUACGCACCCGCUGCUGCCCAUGAUUGCGGCGCCGGGGCAGCUGAGCGCGGCCGAAAUCAACGCGGCGCUGCACACCAUGGGCCAGGUGCCCAAGCGCGACAUCUAUGGCAUUGGCAGCUACCGGUCGACGGCGCAGGCCAUGUUUUUCGAAAAGUGCUUCAACGAGCUGAGUCUGCCGCAUUCGUUCAUGUUUGCGGAGCGGGCGCCCAAGGCGUCGAUUGAGCACAUUCUGCGCCGGCCCAACUUUGGGGGCGCCUACAUCAACCCGCCGCUGGCAGCAUCGGCGCCGUACCUGCCAAGCCUGUCGAAUGCUGCGCGGGCGAUUGGGCAGGUAGACACGGUGCUGGUGCCGCCGGGAGCGAGCAACGAGUCGUUUAUCGGAGACAACACUAGGUGGAAGGGGAUACGCGCGACACUGACGCGCGACUUUGUGCCGUCGGCAUACAGUGGACAAGCGGCCCUGUUGCUGGCCAACAGCGAGGCGGAUGCGUCGGCAUCCAUAUUUGCGCUGAAGAACUUGGGCAUCGGGCCUAUAUAUACGAUUGGGUUCCGGUCCCACGGACCGCUAUCUACGGAUGUGUCGCCAGUGCGGUCCAUUGACGACGUCAAGCGGCUGCAGGAGCCGUUUGUGAUUAUCUCGGCGCUGCCAGCAGAAAAGUCGCUGCUGGUGGUGCCUCUGCUCAAGCACUACCGGGUGGCAGGGCGCAACGGCAGCACCACCGGACCAGGGGCGACGGGGGCAAAGGCUGCAGGCAAGGUGUUUGUCGACUUGGCCAGCGGGACGCGAAAGGUGGACCCACUGGCCAUUGCGACGUCUGUGGGCUGGACUGCGUACGGCAUCGCUGACGUGUCGGCAUGGACAACGGUCGAGACGAUUCGGAAGCUGGUCGGGCAGAAUGUGUGUUAUGACUUUGUGCGGCUGGCGCUUGGAAGGGGGUAUUUUUGAAGCUCGCAAACGACGGGCGGGGAUUAUGUAGAUAGCAUGUAUGGUAUUACUUUUUGGUAAUAAGAGUCCAAGA